AUGCCAUUUGACAACGGUGUAAGGGUGGAGGGGAAAGGGGUAUAUAUGCUUCUCUGGAAGACUUCAGUCGACGCCCUAUACCACUGGGGAAUCCUGAUUGCUACGGGCGAGAAAAUGGGAACCCUCUUUCAUCAGACAUAUAACAGAGAGAUGUGGCAUCUGGCGGUAGAAAUUAAGGACGUUACUCUGUCUCAAAGCCUUCUCUGUGCCUUGAAGCUGGGCGCCGUGGAAGACUAUGGGGGUACUUGGAUGAACGCCAUUGAGGCUUGCAUUCGCCAAACCGAGGUGAAGGGAGAGUUCACCUGUCGAACCUGGGCAUUGGCUGCUGUAUUCGAGCUAGCUGACGGAGGCUUUAUCGGUAUGGAUGCUUCCUGGGAUAAAAUCUCUGAGAUUGAGACAGAAGCAAAAUUUCUGGCUGGCGACGCAAGUUACUUUGACGAAGUAAAGGUCGAAGCAAGCAAUGUCAGUCAUGCUUGA